AUCUGGUGCGAAGUCAAACAAAAAUGUGGAAGAACCACACACGCAAAGAAGGAAAGGAUGAUGCUAAGCUACGGCGCGUCUACGUCAUCUUUCCGUCUUCCUCAAACCGUGACGUUCUGUACUUACAGCAACUCUCAUCAUCCGACCACCACACACGGUGGUGAAUCGCAUCCGGUGGUAACAAGACGGACUUUAUCUCUUCUCGCAACAGCAACGGCGACGGUGACCGCUGCAGCGUUUUCAGUUCCAAUUUUGUUUUGCGACUCUUCCGUUCGUUGCUCAGAAUCCGCCGCCGCCGCAGCUACUCCUCAAUUCUCCGAACUACCUGAAUCUGGAGGUGUGAAGGCGCUGGAUCUUCGAAUUGGUGAUGGCGAUUCUCCCGUCAAUGGCGAUCAGGUUGCGAUUCAUUACUACGGACGAUUAGCUGCUAAGCAGGGAUGGCGGUUUGAUUCAACAUACGACCACAAAGAUGAAACCGGUGAACCACUUCCCUUCAUCUUCACUGUUGGUUCAGGCAAAGUGAUAGCAGGGAUUGAAGCAGCUGUUAGAUCCAUGAAAGCGGGAGGUAUUCGUCGUGUCAUCAUCCCCCCAUCAGAAGGAUAUCAAAACAUGUCUCAGGAGCCCGUUCCACCAGAUUUUUUUGAUAGGCAAAGGCUGUUCACUACCAUUUUUAAUCCUACACGCCUUGCAAAUGGAGAAGGCUCUACCUUGGGGAUUCUCAUUUUUGACAUUGAACUUGUCAAUGUAAAGCACCUUUAAAUUGUUGUAAUUUAGUUUGAAAAUUGUAUAUUUAUGUAUAUUCCUGCUAAGUUCAGGGAGCAUUUUGUUAAAAAACUGUAUGUUUGUGUA